CGCAAAUCACGUCAAAGUUUUUCAUUCUUUCAUUCCUCUCUUUUUGACUUUGCAAACUUGAAUUUUGCGUUUGCUGCACAGAAUUAUUGCCAAUAAAAUCAAUCUACAUCACCGGAGUUGAAACUAAAAUAUCUAAUCAUGGCGGCCCCGUCCCCCAACCAGAUGAUCACCUGUCCAUACAACAAGGCUCACCAGGUCGAGCACUAUCGGAUGCACAUCCACCUCCAGAAGUGUAGGAAGCAGCACCCCAACUGCAAUAAGGUCAUCUGCCCGUUCGAUUCCACGCACGUGGUCAACGACGUGGAGUUGGAUUUCCACAUAUCCUCGUGCCCGAAGCGCAUCCUGCUGGACGCACAGCUAUAUGUGACCGAUGACGACGCCAAGCCGGCCGUGGAGGUCCAGACUUCGCUGCCGUCCACUUCCGCUGAAGAAGAGAACUGGGACGAUGAGGUCACAACCGGCUACAAGCCCGAUCCGUCCAAGAAGGGUGCUCACAUCAUCACUAAGAUCAAAGGCGCUACGCCCUCCGAACGCAGGAAAGCCCGUAUGGAAGGAGUUAAGAACUACAAGCCUCCGGAAGAUCAGUAAAUGUAACGGUUAGGUUACAAAUCGACGGCUAAAAGUGAAACAAGCUACGUUUGGUCAAUGCAACAUAUUUAUUACAGGUGUAGUACAUAAUUGAGUUACGGGAAUUAACGGACGUUACGGGUAUGGGAGCGGAGGGGUGAUAGCAGAGUAAAUACAAAUGAGUAGGUCAUCUUCAUAGAAACGCCCGAGCGCGGUUUGUAUGUGAGCGCGCCAAUAGGUAUGCGGCGCGCACGCACACACUGACAAAAUUUAGCGUGGAUUAGCGGUGAGGUGCGUUCUGAAGUCUCGCUGACGAUUGACGUCACAAAAACCCUCCCUAUCCCAUACCUGAGGCACUUACUUAUGUAUGCGCUACAUCUGUACAUAUUUCUGUCAUCUUAAUGUUUAGAUUCAAUUCAAAAUAUUGGUGUGUAGGCCAUUUUAGGGCAUGGUGUUAAUGUUUAAUUACAAUAAUAUUGAUGUUCUAUUGGGUGUCUAUCCUACCAUAAUUUCGGGACUAUAGUCGCCGAGCACGUAGAAUCUCGUCCAAUGACCCCAAGCUACCCAUCCUUAUCGCUCACGCGUAAUUAUAUUGCUGUCGCGACUGUGCGAUGGACGGCCGCGUGAGUGUGCGAGAGGGUAGCUUGGGGUCAUUGGACGAAAUUCUACGUGCUUGGUAAUCGGGCUUUACUACAGUGAUGUUUAGAUUCAAUUCAAAUUAUUGGUGUGUAGGUGUUAAAAUAUUGAUGUUCUAUUAUGUGUAAUAAGUAUUCCAAUCUCUGGUAGUCUUAUAAUAUUCGCAAAUCAGAAAAAUAGUCAAGCCGAAGGAUUCCCCGAGUUGAAUUUGAACUUAUAUUUUGUUUCUUCUGUUAAAUUUUCUUCCAUUCACAUUUUUACUCAGUAUACUGUUCUUUAUGUGUUUGAUUGUAUGUUUGUUUCACUUUUAGCCGUUUUUAGGUUGUUGUACUAAAUGAACAAUGUUGUGAUAAUAUAAUUUAAUAUUACAUAAGAAGCUCGACUGUUCUUUAGUUACCACUAAGUUUUGUUACAUUAUAAUUUUUACAAUAAUUAUUGGAAGAAUUUCCCAUGUAUUUUUAAUUAAUUGAAUUACAGUAGAUAUUAUAAAAUAUCAUUCAAUUUUGACGUACUUAAUGCUCUGCUGACUUGGCUAUCCGGUGAAAAAUGUCGCAGCGGGUUCAAUCAGUCGAUAAAAUCCAGUUGGCGCCACUAUCGAGUUUUUCGUUGAAGGCGCCAACUCGCGAGCAAUAAUUAUGUAAGAAACCUAACAUUUUCGCACUUGUUUGGCCACUUGCGAAUGCUUGGCGCCACUAUCGAGGCGCUAUCUCGUGAGGGCUUAUUAUGUAAGAGAGCUGACAUCUUCGCAUCUCUUUUGCCAGUUGACGCCACUGUUCCAUUUCUCAUAUUGGCGCCAGUUAGCAGUCCUGGCCUAUUGCUCAUUUGCCAAUUGGCGCCAGUGUUAAAGGCGCCAACUCGUAAGCACUAAUGACUUGAUUAUUCAACUGGCUGAUUGAACUUAGCUGCGACGUAUUUUUUUUGUUUUGAAUUGUUUGGGAAAUUCUUUCAAAAUAAAAUGGUUCUAUGGUGCUAUCCUAGGUACUAUUUUAGCACCAUUUCUCUUCCUUAUAGUGUACAGUCAACAUUACUUUUAAGUUGCAAAAGACAACCUAUUUCAACGAUGUAAGAUGCAUUUCGUUUGGCUUGGUGUGCAGCAGGAUAUGACUUAUAUUCUCAAUAGAUUUAUUUCAUUAGGUUAUAAGUUAAAAAUCGCUUCAGAAGAUAUAGCAACCUAUCAUAAAAUGAACCUACUUUUUGUAAGUUUCAAAAUUAAUUUGACAGUUGUCAAUUUGUUGCUAAAAGUAUAUCAAAUUAAGGUUGAUUUUUAACUAAAAAAAGAUAGUAGUCAUCCGAGGGAAAUACAGGUUUUUGACAUUAUUAUAGUUAUAAUGCUUUGUAUGUUUGUGCAAUGUAGGAUUUCUGUGAAAUUGUUAAGAAUUUUUAUAGAUGUACCUAUAGGGUCACCUUGUAUGCUUUUAAUUUUUAAAGCAUUCAUUUUCGUAAGUUUUGAGUAAUUAAUGCCCGUUUUUACCAUCAAUCCCUAAUUUUUAAGUGAUCCCUAUGAAAACCAAAUUCUUGUUAUGGGUUACCAUAGGGGUCACUUAAAAUUAGGGAUUGAUGAUGAAAACGGGCAUGUCUACCAAAGUCCAACUAUCUUUAAAAUCCAAAAUUAUUUUACAUAAGGUACUUACUAAUUGUAUUACAUUAUGUAUAUUACAAGUGCCAUAUCUCUAAAAAACACUAUUUUUGGAACGUCCUGUAUAUUUCGUAAGCUCUAAAAUUAGACUUGUGGGUACAAUUUAUAUUCUUUAUUAUUGCUUAUAAACUUACUAAAUGAUUGAAAAACUAAGAGCCAUAUAAAAAAGAUAAUGGAAAACAAGCUUCGCAUUAUUUUUGUAUUUUUUUCAACGAUGAUAAUUUUAUUAGCAUUUAAUUUCGCAUUUACAGGUAAUGCAUACUGAUGUAUUAUUUAUUAAUAAUCUCAAAGUCCGGUCGCCGAGCACGUAGAAUUUCGUCCAAUGACCCCAAGCUAUACCAGCAAUGUAACGCGCGAGCGAUAAGGAUGAGUAGCUUGGGGUCAUUGGACGAAAUUCUACGUGCUCGGCGACCGGACUAUAGAUGUCUUAGAAUAUUUGCAAUGU